GCACACGUCACUUGCGUAACCCGUAUCAUCAUAUUGUCAUUAAAUUAUUACUACUAUACACUGCUCUACGUCACGUGCUUGCCGAAUGAUCUGACCGUGAAAAACUUACGAUCAUACCACGGGUUAAACUUUGAAUUAAAUUAUAAUUUGUCGUGGAUCAUACCUUGUUUUUAAAAUACCUUGUACAUAUAUAUAAUAUAUAACUUCUCAACAUCGUGAUCCGUGGAAUAUACAUAAAUUCCCAUGUUAAAUGCGUUCCGAUGAAUAGGUUCAUAGAUGGCGUUGCGUCACGCGUGUACGGUAAGCACAGAUUUCUACAUGGUUUCCAAAGUCUGUGACUGGUAGCGUACAAUUUUUUUGCCUUGUGGCAGUCCCCCUGGCUCCUACCCGCCCCAGCCAAACCAGAGUUCUGGUAAUAUUCUUUGAUCUAUGGUACGUGCAGCAUCUCGACGAAUACAGCAUACCAGAAGUUGUAACCUGUAAUAAUAAUAGUUACCGCUCUUGUGAUUUUUUUUGUUAUCAGCAAAUCGCAACAUUUGAAUUUUGAAUUUUUUUUCGUUGAUUGUUCUCAAGAAGUUUAAACCGAUCUAUUCGUCAGAACAUCAUUGAUAAUCGCUGCGCAAAACCCUAUAUUGUUUAUCGUAUCCAAACGACGGAACUGCGAAAUGGAACCUAUGGCUCUAGGAUCACCGUCACACGACAGUCCACAAAAACCUACCUAUCUUCCUGGAUACUUGAUGGGCGAACGUGCUCAAUCGCCGAUCGGUAAUGUUUCCAUUAGCACCAUGUCUCCGUUACGUGCAAAUCGUAGCCACACCCCGGAUGUACACACUACGUUUUUAAUGCGCAAUUUUCAUCAUGAACUAAGCGAUAAGCCAUCUUCCACUCCUAUCUCAAAUAGAGUCAAUGAUGAACCAACAAAAGCUCCAACAGUUGAUUUAUUUGAUGCGAUAAAUACUUCGGACUAUAGUGAAAAGCAGUGUAAUAAUAAAGAAAAUAAACAAUUUUAUUCUGAUAAAAACAAUCUGGUUGAACAACCAAAAGCUGUUCCGGGAUGUUGGAUCACAGUUUUUGGCUUUUCAAAUUCGAAUAAAGAUGAAAUAUUAUCUAAAUUUAAACACAUGGUGUCUUGUUGUGAUGUGAGACAAGCUGGGCCAAAUUGGGCACACAUAUGUUUUAGUGAUCCUACAGAUUAUCAUCGUGCUCUAUUAUUUCAUGGCCAAGUAACCAAUAAUGGAGCUAUGAUUGGAGUUAUUCCAUGUAAUGAUAAGACAAUUUUAAAUGAAAAUAUUAGCCCUAUCGAUUCACAUCCUGGUCCAAGUACUGACAUUUUAUCAAAAUCGCUGCGUUCACCAAUUUUAGGUCAACAAUUUUCCAGUCCAAAUGAUUCAAUCUCUAAAAGAAAUAAUAUCAGACCAAUGUCUAUAAAACCUAUACCUAUCCAAGGAAAAAAUAACUCUCCUUCAGCUACAACUUCAAAUGGUAUUGUUACAAAAACUUUGGAUUAUUUGUUUGGUUGGUAGGUAAGAAAUUUAAAUAUGCAUAAGACGAAAUCAUUAGUGAUUUUCAAACCAUUGUUUAUAUUUUAUUAUUUUAAUACAUUUUUUUUUGAAAUCAAUUGUUUAGUUAUUAGUAAAUAAAAUUCUAAUUGGUUAUUGGAAUUUCAAACUGAUGUAAGUCCUUUGAUUAUAUUAUAAUAAAUAUCCAAACCUCUGAUAAA